AUGCGCCAAGCGCGCGACAGGCGAAGAAAAUCAAUUGAUCUCAGUGGUUCGAACCCUGGCAAAUCCGUCGCUAACAUCUUCCGUCAUCGGUCCUCCUCUAAGCGUGGUCACGAACUUACACCCCUGCUAAAUGAUAACAAAGUCUUUCUCACCAGUGACACUGACAAGGCGGAGUUGUUUAGUACUUUCUUUGCAAAACACCUUGCUACCGAGUCCGAUCCGGUCCCUUUCUUUCGAUCACUUUCAGAUAGGACACUUAGUACAAUUGAUGUUUCCUCAGAUCUCAUUAAGAAACAUAUAAGCCGUUUGAAAUACUCACACUGCUCAGGAACGGACGGGAUUCCGAAUUCGAUUAUUAAACAAGCGUCCGAUUUUCCCAUAUUGCUUAGUCAUUUAUUCUCAGUUUUUAUUUCAAAAGGAUUCUUUCCUGAAACAUGGGAAACGUCAUUUAUCAUUCCCGCCUUCACGUCAGGAUCUCGGUCCGAUGUUAACAACUAUCGGGGCGUGCACAAAACGCCGUCUCUAGCAAAGCUUCUUGAAAGGAUUAUUUUCAAUGAAAUUCUUCACUUCUGUCUAGCUAAUAGGAUUCUGAGCUCUAGUCAGCAUGGAUUUUUACCUGAACGAUCCUGCGAAACAUGUCACUUGGCUUUUCUUAAUCUAAUCACUUCUCUUCGUAAUGAGCGGCAGUAAGUGGUAGUUAUUUACUGUGAUCUUAGCAAAGCCUUUGACAAGGUGCCCCAUAGACGUCUUUCAGUAAAAUUGGAAGCUCUCGGCAUCCGGCCGCCUCUACUCGAAUUCAUCAGGUCCUGUCUAUCCAAAUGAUAUCAGAAAGUCAUGGUCGGUUACAGCUACUCGACACCUCACUCGAUCACGAGUGGCGUACUUCAAGGCACGGUCCUGGGUCCGCUACUCUUCCUUCCUUACAACAACGGUAUUUCGACUGAACUCGAAAAUUCACAAACUUUUACUUAUGCCGAUGACCUCAAGUGUGUUUACUCAUACUCUAAGGACACCGCAAACGUUUGUGUUGACAAAAUUAAUGUCGAUUUACUACGCUUAGGCAGAUGGGGUUCGACAUGGCAGAUGGAGUUUUCAUCAUCCAAGUGUAGUUUCAUGUCUUUUGGUCCUGCCAAACUUCCUAGUGCCAUAAUUUUUCAGAAUAACCCACUCUCAGAAUGCUUCACCAAAAAGGACCUAGGUGUAAGUUUUACAAAUACACUUGCUUUAUAACCUCAUGCAGAUAGAAUCUCUGUCAAAGCCGCGCAGACAUGUGGAUUCAUAUCGCAUAUUUUUUUCCUCCCGGAAAUGAAUCUAAGGCUCUAUGAAAUGUUUUUUCACCCAGUCCUCGAAUACUGCUGUCCUUUCUUUGGUUUAGUGAAUGCCAGUGACCGUAACAAAAUCGAAGAUGUUCAGAGGGUUUUCACCCGGAAACUGUUCUUUCAAGCUUUGUCCGGUAUUUCUUAUACUCAGAGAUUUCAGCUGGCGAACAUUAAGUUUUCGUGGGUUAGAAGACUCGAAUCUGGUCUUGGCUUCCUUUUUCGCAUCAACUCUAGCUCUAGUCUUCCGCUCAUUGACACUCUCACUCCGAGAGCUCGGUCGUAUGCCACGCGCAACUCCUGCAUGGUGAUUCUGCCGCCUCUUUGCACUACAUCUAUGCGCUCCCUCUUCUUUGCUUCCAAAUAUGUCUUCCUUAGGAAUAGUCUUCCGCCAGAACUUAGGCCAUCGUCUAAGUUGUUGGUGUUAAAGUCAAAUAUUUCGCAAACACCUUACACCGGAAAGUAUAAAGGCGCUUUUAAUGGUCUCAUUCCCGAACACUCAGAUUCUUGACUUCGUGAAGGGUCCUCCUGGGAUUUAGUGGUAUAUUAAGGGAUAACUCUUAAUUAUAUCAUUAGAAACCCCUAUCUACUGCUAUCACUCCUCCCCAUAGCGACAAUUUUCGCGGUUUUUGAUGUCAUCUCCCGCAUUCCGACCUCAUGCGGUCUGUCGACGCUCACGGCGGAACCCUCAGUAUUCACCGUCUACUAGAAGUUUGGUCGUACCUCACUUCCCCACUGCUGGGCUGAGCUCGAAGUGUGCUGUGGCCGGUCGCAUCUGGGUUCCUCUCGUCUGGCCUCUUUGACGCGAUUAGUCUCAUGCGGCGUAUCAAUCCGGCCCAGACGAUGUCAAUUUUGAAUCCCGUAAACAAUACAACUUGCAGGCCAGUCCUGUCUGACCCGCAUACGUACCCCCCAAGGCUGACAUUUAUUUCUACCCUGACGAUGACCGACAACAAUCCGUUAUAUACCGCACCUACAGGCCAGUCCUGCUCGCUUUUUUCUGUUUUUAUUUUUAUGGAGGGGUUUUUUUUCUCCUGUAAAAGUAAUCCAAUAAUUUUUAACUUUUUGUAUGGAGUUUUUUUCACCCCUCACUAAUCAUGUUUCUCAACUGACUACCAAUUCAGAAACUAUGAAUUGCAUUUUGUAAAGAUUCGGCCUGCCUCGUCUAAAACUCACGUGUAGAUUUAUUUUAAAUUGCUUUGAUUGGACCCCGACGGGUCAUUAAUAAAAAUUAUCUAUCUAUUUUUAGAAGAUUAAUCGACAUCAGGUUUGAGGCAAAUACUCCCGCAUAGGCGUGUUCAAGGGACUGCAGUGUCGCAUGCCUAGCUCUCAUUAUUGGCUAACUUUGACAGUCUCAAUGUUUAGUAAAAUACAGAGCACAUUGGCAACCAAUUAAAAAGCCAAACUUCAAAAAGAGUCAUGUCAUCCCCCCUAGAUGUUUAAGGAUUGUUCGGGAGGUAAUAACGUCAAGGAACGACCAUAAGAGGCUUUAAGUAGCCCGACGCAGUCUCCCCCGUCUAAUACUGGCCAACUACAACACAGUUUUUAGAGGAAUUCCCCACUUCGGACAGCGGCAAUAGACCCACACCUCUAACCGGACAUGAUCAGUUCUACCACUUGCGUAUGGUCUUAUUAGUUUGUAGAGUCCAAGUAACUUCCAGCCUCAAAAUCCGGCUUAUAGUUGAAAUUGCGGAAACCUGUACAACUACAAAAUUAAUAGACUCACAGUUGGCGCAUUCGCGAUGCACGCGAAUCCAAACUGAAGCAGAAGUUGACCACAUUGAGCGAAAAGAAUGCAAGCCUCUGUCAUGAUAAUGUUGUGCACAACCUAUCUUCCAAACAACUGACAGCAGAGCAGAUAAAAGUCCUGAGCCAUGAUGCCUGCUUCAAUACGACGGACGCCCAACCAAUUGACUUCAUCGCAGUUGCGGAAUCUGUCAUUUGUGAAGCCCCAAUUACUGAGGAAAACAGAAAUCUGCUACGACAGCAAAUAUCCUCCAGACUCAUGUCCCACAAGAAACGUAAUAUGCUCUCAAAAGCAGAAAACGAAGCACUUCGAACUUUGAAGGCCGACAAAAGCAUUAUCAUACUCACGGCCGAUAAAGGACGAUCGACGGUCGUACUGAACAAGGAGGACUACGUCAACAAAGUCGAGGCCCUUUUGGGCGAUAGAACCGCCUACAUUCCUUGUGAAGGUGAUAUGACGAAGACUCUAAUGAGCAAAAUCAACAAGGACCUGGCAAAUCUUCGGAAGUCAAAAGCGAUAACACAGUUUGACUGGCAGAGGAUGAAACCAAAGGAUUCCGCGAUCGUGAGAUUCUAUGGUCUACCCAAGGUCCACAAAUCAGGAACCAACCUACGACCGAUCGCUUCUCUAAGAGGCACCCCAACGUUUGGCCUGGCCAAGUGGCUGUUCCAGCGCCUGAAAUUUCUAACUCAAGGUUCUGAAACAACCAUCCACUCAGCAGAACAAUUCCUUGAGAAACUGCAAGGUAUCAGACUUACAGAUGACGAAGUGUUGGUAUCUUUCGACGUGAUAUCACUCUUCACUUCCAUCCCACAACAUCUCGCGGUUGAAACUGUGCAAACCUUGCUGGAGCAACGUUAUAACGAGACGGACAACAAACUUAAGAUAAAACACCUUGUCGAUCUCCUGCAACACUGCUUGAAGACCUUCUUCACCUUCAAUGGAACCACAUACGAACAAGUUAAAGGUACACCGAUGGGGUCGCCGUUAUCCAGCUUGAUUGCUGAGGCAGUGUUAUAA